CAGACGUUUAAUAUGAUAUCUCUAGUUUAAGCUACAGCCGAUAACGAACAUUUUUGGAAAACGUUAACGUUCUAAAUCAGGACAAAUCGUGACCACUAUUACUAUCACUUCCCUCCGAAAAAAAAAACACCUCUGCUUGAAGAAUGUGGACUCAUUCAGAAGACCGUAACAUAAUCCCACAUCCUACCCUGACGCUUCACUUCCGGGUUACUUAACUUCCUUAAAAGUAACUCCAAUGGCGGCUGUAGAGAAAAGUGUGGUGUCAGAAACCUUCCAGGGAAAAAAUGACCCUUCACUGCAACGGAAACACACGGAGGGUACUACGGAUGGAUCAGCGGUGCUGUCCCGGUACCUUAGCUCUCCUUGUGCCGCUGAGGCCCAGGGAACCGUCCGAUUCAACCCUCGUACGAGCUACGCUGUAGUCGCAGGAGUUGGGAGACAGCUAUGUCCGGAGGCUGGGGUGACGGACUUAGGGUCCACCGCUGACGGAGAUGCUGCCAUCAUCAGUAGUAUUCUAACAGGAACAUUCCAGAUUCCCAAAAAACACGUCACCGUUUUGAACAGCCGUACCGAACAUGCAACAUCCGGCGCCAUCAAGACAUCUCUCUGUAACGACUCUGCCAAAGUUGGAGAAAACGGUGUCCUUGUUUUCUACUUCUCUGGACAUUGUAUGCUGACCAAACAUGGCGACAGACUCUUCCUAGCACCGGCCGACUUCAGACGUACUAUAAACACUGUGAUAACCCCUAUAGACAUCAUUAAGGCUGUUGAAAAAUGCACAGGGUACAUAAUACUUGUCCUCGACUGCUGUUAUGCAGGACUGUUUGCUGAACGCUUAAUAACUGAAGCGGAGGCAAGUGGGCUGAAAGUCUGUGUGUUGGCUUCUUGCACGGGUGAGGAAAAAUCUCUAUCGCAUACUGAGCUUGGUAACGGAUUCUUUACGUACUUCUUGGCUUGUUUUCUGCGCGGAGUUGACGAGAACUGGACCGAAGGCAUGACGUCUGAGUUCCCGGUGGAAGGCAGCGUUCAGUACUGCCGUCCUCUGUGCGAGGCGAUGCUCUCUUUAAUGAGACCCGGUUACGGCGACUGCGCCAACAUGACACCAACAGUAGCGUUCAGCAGUCUCGCCACAAUACAGAUGUACCUGGCCUCCCCUGGGGAAGAUGUGGUAGACGGGCAGCAGUCUCGUCAAUAUUUCGCGUUGAAAUACCUCACGCACACCAAGAAAGAAGGAAGACGCUGUGACCUCCCGGAAGUUCCUCAGUCCGUCAGACGAUGGUUGGCCGAAGACGCGUCCGAGGCGCUCCGACGGUUACACCGCGCAUGCGCCUUGGGUAAAGAGGAGGUGUACGUCACCGCUAUGGGGAUGACGUCACAGUCCAUGGCACAGAUCAUGUUUGAGGACAGUGACAGUUCGACUUCAAACAGAUCAGUCAUUUUGCAACCGGACCUGUUCAUAUUCUGCUUCUUCCGCCUGUCGGAAGUUUUAAUUCAGAUAGACCCGGACCUGGUUCCUGAUCUGUGCUAUAUGGAGCACUGUUUGGAGCAUUACAUGAAAAAGGUGCACGAUCUGACACAAGCAGACGUAGAGGGGGAGGAGUUUCGGGAUCUCAUCAGCUUACUCACCCGUGUCGUGAGUGACCUGAACAGCCAGGGGGCGCCUUUGGUCAGGGCGCGGAGGACGCCGGUCAAGACGGGGGCAGAUACAGUUGACGGACAUGCAGAAAACCCUACGGUGGAGGACAUCAUAAGGAGUCUCCCUCCAUCUGAAGUGGGAAGGAUCUAUGCAGUGGAACUUCUGGAAGAUUGAUACAUUAUAACAAAUAUGUAGUACCAGUAACCACAUAUCUUAUCACCAUCACAUUUCCUUUUAGAAUUAAACAAUGAAAUCGUGAGCAUUAUCUACAGGACAGGCUUUGGAGGAGCCUUCUAAAUUUGAUAUCUUUUGGGCGUAGUUUGUUCACAGCUAAAUAACGUUACAUAUAAAACCUUGCAUGUUUAGGAUUUUACAUCU